AUGUCAGGAUACAGCAAAAAGCAGCAAUAUGUGUAUGAUGCCGAAGGCACCAGAUCAAAUCAGGCUGCAAACUACCCAGGCAUUGUCCAGCCUGCAUUUGCAUCGCAGUAUACGGGUGCGUCCGCGGGACUGGCCCAUGAGCCUGCGAGUGCAGACAUGCCCUACCUGCCUAGCUCAACCUACGAGUCACGCGGUGCGGCCAACCAUCGAUCCGAUGCAGCAUUUAUCGAUGCAGGUCUUCGUCAUCCCGCUUCACUCACUGCUACUGAAACGGAAAUCACGGAACAAAUCACUCCUGCACAGGGCACUGCUGGAUCUACGGUAACGCUGCAACUACGGACCAACUACGACCUCGAGGCGCAUUACUGCGCGUUCAUCCUCAUGUUUGGCGACGAAAAGUGCGUCGGCGCACUUCAAAAGGUCGAAUAUGACGACCACGACCAGUGGUACAACUAUGUCCUCAACGUCGAGGUGCCCCCAUUCCCCCUCACAAACACCUGGGACCCCACCAUGAUGUUGAAGCUGCAGAUUGAGGACAAACUCGGCCGCACCAGAAUCCAGACGGACGCAGGAAAGUUCACCUAUACCGACAUGUCGCCAAACCUGGCCUACCAAUCCUCGCCCGAGUUUCCUAGAAAGCGAAGAUACUCGGCGGAGCUCAGCGACACGCAGGAUUACCCAACCGUCAGCGCUGGGAAGCGCGCAAAAUUCUCUCGAUUCGCGAAGCCGCAUGCGACGUCUGGAGCCUAUUCUGGUGUGCAGAUAUCACCGCUGCCUAGCCAUCCUCCACUGUCCAACACGUACGCUCGGAGCAACGGAUACGAUUCAGCCAAGCAAACAGCCUAUGGCUCGGAUUUUGCGCAAAAGGGCCUCUAUGCCGUGCCUUCAGGCAUGAAUAUGGGCCAUGGCGACUACAAACUAUCGCAAAUAUCCCCAAACCUACACUCAUACAGCUCGUACGGCUCCACUGCACAUGGAGGUCGAUCCACUGUAUCCACGGCAGCCCCUGUGCUUCCCUCGCCAGCCGCAAUCUCAGCGCCUAUUCUUGUUCGCGCAACGCAUCUUGCACAAGUAAGCGGCGGCAGCUCUUCGACGCAGCCGUUCAACCCAUACUCCAUGUAUCAGUCCAAGGCAAUCUUGAAGAUUGACGGGGACCUCGACAAGAUGAGCAGCGACUGGACUGCAGAUGAGCUUGAUGCGAAGAGGCGGCUUGUUGAGUUCAAACGGUCGCAGCACGGUAGCACCAUCACCACCUCCUUCGCGCCCGUUACUUCAGAAGCACGAGCGGCUCGUAGCAUUUGCGUGAGUUGCAUCUGGUGGGAAGAAAAGGACGAGCACUUCAUCACAAGCGUGGAUACGAUAUACCUGCUUGAGCAGCUGGUCAACGUUCGCUUUACCGUUGAAGAAAAGAACCGCAUCCGCCGCAACCUCGAAGGCUUUCGGCCUCUGACUGUUUCCAAGGCAAAGCAAGACAGCGAGGAGUUCUUCAAGGUCAUCAUGGGCUUCCCCUCCCCCAAACCCCGCAACAUCGAAAAGGAUGUAAAGGUGUUUCCAUGGAAGAUUUUGUCUCACGCACUAAAAAAGAUUAUCAGCAAAUAUUCUGCCAGUUAUUCCUCGACAGCUGGUGUUGGAUCGCUGCCUGUCGCGACAUCGACAUCGACCUACGCCCCAAGCGCCGUCUCGCAGGCAACAAUGGACGCGCAUCGAAACACAUCGCCACAAUCAGUGACUGCAUCGAUUGCGUCAACAGUCUACACCCCUCAUAUGGCUUCUUCUAGUUUAUCCCCCCACCCAAAGAUGGCAGCAGGCCUCGACGGGUCAGCAGGACACGGCAUGCCGGUUGCUCAGGGGACGCCGCCGGGGCAAAGCAUGACUCAGUGGGGCGCUUCCACUCACCAGGUGUCGCCAUACCCAGUAGCCCUCACACACGGAGGGCGAGGAUCUUGGGACUAUGGUUAUCUCAACGCCUCGGGUGCUACGGAGAUGCCGUCUAUCGCGCAGUCGUUGCAGAUGCCUCGCCCCAACGCUUUGGCCGAGCUCAGCCACAUGCCGGCAAACAGCGCCUACCAUCAAUACGGCGAAGGCACCACGAGGGUGUAG